AUGCCCAACUCAAGAAAGAGUUACCAGGGAGCGUAUACUGCCCGAAUGGUUGCAAUGUUCAUCGGCGAAAUAGGGGUUUUGGAUCGGGGCGAAAUGGACCAUUUCGCUGAAAUCUUCAUUUCUUAUCAGAAGAGGGGCAAGACGGACGAUCCGAAACGUUGGUCUUUCACAGAGAGGGCUUGCGAAGGUCGGCGAAAAGCCUUUUUCUAUCAAGUGCGUUCUUCGUGUUGCGCUCUUAGUCCUCAGCAGCUAUCCAUUCACUUUAGAGUGAUGGGAGUAUUUGAUACCGUCGGCGCGCUCGGUUUACCUGUGGAAUUCGGAACCCACGCGAAGAUCAGGGGACUCUUUGAUUUCCCCGAUAAAAUCCUCGGCCACCAUAUUGAAAGGGCCUAUCACGCCAUGGCGCUCAAUGAGGAAAGAGCGAAUUUUGACGUUACCAAAUUUCACCAGACAGAACGGGGGCGUGCCAAGAAACAGGUCUUGAAGCAAUACUGGUUUACUGGGAGCCAUAGCGACGUUGGCGGAGGCUACGAAGACCACGAUUUGUCAGACAUCGCACUUUUCUGGAUGAUUGUGAGCAGUAGCGACCAAACGAACCAGGCUACCUACUGA